AUGUCCAGCACGGAGAUCCUCAAUCCCUCACCCACCGAGGCCAGCUACGCCUCCCCAGUCCUCAGCCUAACCACGGCCGGAGAUCCAGUCCGCCACAAGAGGACCAACGGAUCCUCAGUCAACAGAGUCUGCUCAGGCGGCUUCGAGGAAGAAGACCUGCGGGCAGGCGGACCGAACCUAUGCGAGGCUCCAUGCUGCAGCGGCGAGAUACCAAAAGCCAGUCGCUUUUAUAACGAGCUAUGCGUCAAGGACGACCAUAGCAAUGCAAUUCGCGCCUUGGCCGACCAGAGCCACAUUGCUGUGAGCGAUAUUUCAUUUGUCGAAAGACACUCGCUCUGUGUCCCCUCGGACGAAGUUGUCCCAGUCCUCACGGCCCUCCUUACAACCCGAAGACAUAACCCAACCCACAGGGGCUGA